AUUCCUUCCCUUCACCUUCCCUUCCCUCCACCCUUUUAGCUUUUCAUUUAUUCCCCAUCCCCGCCUUCACGCAAACCUCCUCUACUCCUCUCUCUCUCUCUCUCUCUCUCUCUCUCUCUCUCUCUCUCUCUCUGCGAUUAUAUAUAUAUAUAUAUAUAUAUAUAUUUUUGUAGAUUAAAUUGUGUGGGCGGGUGAUUGGUUGGGAGGUAGCUAAGUGAGAUCGCCGAAACCAUGGCCGGAGGAGGCAGCGGAAGAUCCCUGGAGGAGACACCCACUUGGGCCGUCGCCGUCGUCUGUUUCGUUUUGGUCCUAAUCUCCAUCAUCAUAGAACACAUCAUCCAUCUUAUCGGAAAGUGGUUGAAGAAGAGGCACAAGAGCGCUCUGUAUGAGGCGCUCGAAAAGGUUAAAUCAGAGCUGAUGCUGCUGGGAUUUAUUUCCCUGUUGCUGACGGUGGGACAGAGCCUAAUUACCAACAUAUGCAUACCUGCAAGCGUGGCAGCUACAUGGCACCCUUGCAAUAAGAAGCAAGAAACAACGCAGGUGGCUCACGACGAAGCCUCCGGCGGCGAUGGCUCCACUACUACUGAAGACCACACCCGCCGGCUUCUCAUGUUCUCGGACUCCGGCGGCCCCCGCCGUUUCCUGGCGUCGGCUGGAACCGACAAAUGCGCAGACAAGGGUAAAGUGGCGUUUGUGUCGGCCGACGGUAUCCAUCAGCUGCAUAUCUUCAUAUUCGUUUUGGCCAUUUUUCACGUUUUGUACUGCAUCAUUACCAUGGCGCUGGGCCGAGCCAAGAUGAGGAGAUGGAAAGCGUGGGAGAAAGAGACGAGAUCAGUAGAAUACCAGUUCUCCCACGAUCCCGAGAGGUUCAGGUUUGCAAGAGAGACUUCCUUUGGCAGACGACACUUGAGCUUUUGGACCAAGAACCCCCUCCUCAUUUGGAUCGUGUGUUUCUUCAGGCAAUUUGUGAGGUCGGUUCCAAAAGUCGACUACUUGACCUUGAGACAUGGAUUUAUCAUGGCACAUUUGGCACCACAAAGCCAAACAAAAUUCAAUUUUCAGAAGUACAUCAAUAGAUCGCUCGAAGAGGAUUUCAAGGUCGUCGUGGGCAUCAGUCCACCGAUCUGGUUCUUGGCUGUUCUGUUUCUUCUCUUUAAUACCCAUGGCUGGUACUCUUAUCUAUGGCUGCCGUUUGUUCCCCUCAUUGUAAUACUGCUGGUGGGGACGAAGCUACAGGUGAUAAUAACAAAGAUGGGACUGAGGAUACAGGAGAGAGGGGAGGUGGUGAAGGGAGUGCCGGUGGUGGAGCCCGGCGACGACCUCUUCUGGUUCAACCGUCCCCGCCUCAUUCUCUACCUCAUCAACUUCGUUCUCUUUCAGAAUGCCUUUCAGCUCGCUUUCUUUGCGUGGACUUGGUAUGAAUUCGGGUUGAAGUCCUGCUUCCACGAGCAUAUAGAGGAUGUGAUCAUCAGAAUCACAAUGGGGGUCCUUAUCCAGUUCCUGUGCAGCUACGUCACUCUCCCCCUCUACGCCCUCGUAACACAGAUGGGAUCGACAAUGAAACCCACCAUUUUCAACGAGAGGGUGGCGGCGGCUCUACGAAACUGGCACCACACGGCGAAGAAGCACGUAAAGCAAAACAAGGCAUCCGGGACGCCCAUGUCGAGUAGGCCGGGAACCCCUUCCCACGGCAUGUCCCCGGUCCACCUCCUCCGCCACUACCGCAGCGACAUGGACAGCCUCCAGGCCUCCCCCCGCCGCCCCAAUUUCGACAACACCACCAACUAUUACUUUGACAACUGGGAGACCGAGGGCUCGACUUCGCCCUCGUACCACCACUACCAACACCACCAGCCACCGCCGGGCGACGGCGGGUCGUCGUCGCACCAGCACAAGGCGGAUUACGUAGAACAUGAGAAAGAGGUGCAGGAGCCGAGCUCGUCGCAAGUGGCUCCCCUUCCGCAGCAUGAGAUCAACAUUGGAUCCAAGGAUUUUUCAUUCGAUAAAAGACCAAAUGCAUGAGUAAUAAAUACUGGAACUGCAUCAACAUGAUCAUGUUUAAUUUUACGUGGCCUGGCUUCGAGGAUGGAUCGAUGACGUGCAUGCAUGCAUGGACAUAUAUAUGAUCAUGGGAUGUCCGAGAACGAUGCAUGUGGAUUGAGAAGGCAAUCAGUUAAUGGGAGACACUGAUCUUGCAAGCAAGCUAGGCCUUGUUAAAUUUGGUCGUCCUUUAUUUUAUUUUAUUUUUGGUGAGGAAAUGACAGAAAAUGAAGGUAAAUAUAAAUGCCAGUGACACUGACAGUGACAAUUAAUGUUCAUUUCAAUUGUUUACUGUGACUAUUUUGUAUUGAAUCAUGAUGACGAUUUGGUUGCUUUGUAAAUAAAUGGUAAUGUUUGAUCAGCUGUAAUAUCUGCGGCUGGACCUUCAAA